CCAAGUUAAAUGUCAAUGUGGGAAUGAGACAUUUACAGAGAUAUGUUAAUUUUAGUUGUAAAAAUAAAUGUUUUCACUUUAUUUAUUCUCAUCAUAACAAGCAUAAUACAAAAGCUAAAUAUAAUAAUAGCCCAGUAAUAUGACUAAAGCGAAAUUAAAUACAUACAAACUUGAUCAGGGCUAAAUAAAGAAAAACAAGUAAAAAUUGUGUUAAUGUUUUCUUCAAGAUAUUAAAAAAAAAAUUGAAAUCUCAAGCUUUUAAACCUAAACGCCUAAACAUCAAGUGUCCGACUUUUGUGUGGUCAUUGAACGCAUCAGGACUGUUUCCCUUCGAAUGUGAUUGAACUUCAUCCUGAUUGGUCCAGUGGGAUCUCACGCGGGAAAACAUCGCGGUGAAAGUUAGAAAUCUUUAUUUUUAUAUUUAUAUUUCACAUUUGCUUCAUAAACUCCUACACCCUUUUAACUCCUUCCCUCAAAUAUUCUGCUUGAAAAUCGGUCGAAAAAUGUUUUUCUACCCAGAUGUCCUCAAGCGCCACACUGGAUGUUUUUCAACAGUUUGGUUAGCAGCAACAAGAGGAAUCAAGGUCACCCGCAGAGAGCUCCUCAAGGUGAACGUUGGGAUAACAUGUGGGGACAUUCUGGACUAUGUGACAGCUCAGGUUCCUCCACCGCAGCCCACCCUCCCGAGGCCUCGCUUCUCCCUCUACCUGUCCUCUCAGCUGCAGUAUGGAGUGGUCGUGGUCUACCACCGGCAGUGUGGCUUCCUGCUGGUGGAGAUUCAACAGACCAUAGACCGCCUGCUGCGCUCUAAAAGGAGCACCUUCAUUGACAUCGCUGAGUCUGACAGGUUGGCCAUGGAUGUGCCUGAAAACCUGUAUGUUAUGGAGGAGGCGGAGGGAGCUCAGGACCCCUUCUUCGGCCUCAUGGCAUCACACCAACUGCCGAGCCCCUAUAAAAUACACCAGCACUCCCUGGUGACCGGUCCCAGCACCACACUGGACGAUCAGGGUUUCAGGUCACCUCCGGCUGCCAUCUCCCUGAAAGAGAAGGAGCCAUUUGUCAUCCCGACUGCUGAGUAUUUCGAGGGAGAUGACCUUCCUGAAGUCACAGCCCGAGAGCUCGACUUGUUGUUGGAUCAGCCAGACCAGUUCCGCAGAGACAUGGAGGAGAGGCAGACAGGUGACAGGUCUAAGGCACGAGAGGGAGACAUAUCCCCUUUUGAUCAGCUGAAAGAGGUGAUGCUGAGAGCCGAGCAGGACAGUGUGUGGCUGCUGGACCAGGAGGCGGGCCACCUUGCGGACGCUCCUCUGACAUCUAUUUCCCAAGAGAUGACCCCUCUGCAGGUUGCCAUGCCAACACCACCCUCUGGGGCGUCUGGGGAAAAGGGGGACAGAGAGACAGAAAGUGCCGGAACAAGGGUUCCUCCUCUCGGGAAGCCCGGUGGAGGGCGCAGGCGUCAGCUGGUCUUUGUAGACCCCGAGGUCCAGAUAUCUGACAAAGCCAUGACGGAACAGAUCACCAACCCGCACGCCGAGACACUGAGCAUGUCCGAGGUAUUGCUGGAUUUUCACUCCGUGACCAAGUGUGCCCCUCCUGCCCAGCUCUUCAGCGCCCCCUGUGGAGCCCUCAUCAAUGCUGACCUCCUGUCACUAUGGAAACAGUGUGCCUUGCUCACCACCCUCCCUGGACACGGAAGAGGAGAGGAGGAAGAUGAGGAGGAGGCGGCAAGAGGGGGGUCAGAGCAGGACAGAGAAACAUUGAGGACAGAGAGGAAGAGGAGGCAAUCGAGCAUGAGAGAGAUAUCCAUUGAGUCAGGACUGCAACUUGCCGACGGCUCAUCUGCAUUAGAUGUGAUGCUGGACAUGUCGCGGGACGACAAAUCCGUCAGCGAAAUGAUCACUCCCGUCAGCAGAUGGUCUCCACAUAUGGAGUCCCAGCCACCAAUGGAGGCAAUAGCAGAGGAGCACAUCGAGAUGCCCGAGGCUCAGACUGACACAGAGAGCAGGGACAUGCUGAGCUGGAUCUCCUCCAGACUGCAGAGGUUUGGAGAAGUGACUUUUGACUCUCUGGUGUCCCGAGAGGCCGACCGCACCACUGCAGCUCACACACUCUACAAACUGCUGGAGCUGCUGUCUGCUGGACAUGUGACCAUACAACAGACUGAGCCCUACAGUCGAAUCACCAUUAGCCCUGCAGCCUGAACAAACACACACACACACACCGUUACUCACACUAUUAAUCUGCUGAGGAACAGUUUUUAUAUUGAUGGAUUUAAUUAAUGAAUUAGAACCUUUGACUUUCAGAGUCACUCAUGAGCUCAGCCUUCAUUUAGAAAAGCCGAUCUCUCAAGUUAAAUGUUUUUAUAUUGUUGAAUUACUCACGAGGAUGAAACGGUUGAACUGCAUUAUUUGCUUUUCACUGUGGUUUUUAAAAGAAUGUUUUUAACCACCUGUUUUACUUUGUUGAUACGGUUGUAUUUUUUAAUAUUGAUACCAGCUGAAUGUAUUACUGUUAUAUAAAUGAGUUGUAUCUGGACAUGUUUUACAGUUUGUAUUUUCGGAAUGGAUUUUGAACUUUUUUAAGGAUUUUAAA